AUGACAUCUUCAGGUAGUGCUCGAACGCCACUCUUAACAAAACCUUCCUAUGAGAAUCCUAUUAUAUUACCUGACAGUGUCCUAAAGACUACUGGAAUACCGUCUAAUUCCAAGCUCAGUCAAUCGCAACAUGGACAGCAAAGUCAACAGGCUAAUCGUUCGGCAUCCAAGAUUGCGCAAUCACCAAAGAUAGGGUUGCAAAGAACGAGUAGAACAACGCAAAAGCUUAAAUUAUUGCCUGAAGACCCUCCAAAUUUGGAACAUGCAACAGCGAGUAUAAGUGCAAAUGACGAUGAUGAUGACUUGCCUACAACAAGAGUUUAUUCUCAAGUUAAGCGUAUAACGGAUACAUCUGCCAGAAAGGAUGCAGAAAUAUUGGGAAAGCUGCACAGAGACUUGCUUCCAAGAGUCACUGCUUAUUGUACUUGUGGCUCUUAUAAAAUGAAAGAUCUUCUUCGUUGGCUCAAGGACAGAAAGAGAAUACACAAUACCAGUCCAAAACUAUUUGAUGAAUGUCUCUACUCUCCAUUCACAUACAAAGAUUGGAGAAGUGAUAGCAAUGGAGGUGAAGAUAAUGACUCUCAUAAACUCAUUAGGUUGGCUGAUGAAGGUGGUGAAAUAGACAUCGGUCGGAAGAAUGAUAUAUUUAUUUUUGAGUAUGGAGUAGUGGUCAUGUGGGGAUAUUCCACGAAAGAAGAAGCUGCAUUUUUAGAGGACUUAGCAAAGUUUGAAAGUGAGAAGCUUUCUUCUGAGGACAUUCAAAUAGAAGAAUUCAACUACUAUAUUACAAAGUCCUACCAACCGAGAAUCUAUAAUGAUUUUAUUACAUUAAGAGAUGAUAAUAAUUAUAUGUUAAAAUUGUCAAUUUCUCAUGCAUUGGCUCAAUCAGUUAAGAUUUCUUUGUUUGAAGAAUUGGUUGACAACACAAUUGAAGAUACUCAGGAUAUCCCUCAACAGAUUGCACAUACUGGUAAGGUCGCAAUGACAAGGGACGAAAUAAUGAAGUCCAUUGGUGAAUUGUUUAUCUUGAGAAUCAAUAUUAAUUUGCAUGGUUCUGUUCUUGAUUCUCCCGAGCUCAUGUGGGCUGAACCUCAUUUGGAGCCUAUUUAUCAAGCAACGCGAGGCUAUUUAGAAAUCAAUCAAAGAGUGGAAUUAUUGAAUCAGAGACUUGAAGUUAUCUCGGACCUUUUGCAAAUGUUAAAAGAACAACUUGGUCAUUCUCACGAAGAAAAUCUAGAGUUCAUUGUUGUCGUACUCGUUGGUGUAGAAGUCUUGGUCAGCGUCAUAAAUAUUAUUAUUGAUAUUCUAACGUAUUAG